AAUGCUGCUGUUUUGCCUCAUGCUGUGGUGCACCUUCGCCGACGGUUGCACCGUGGAGCGCUGUGAAGAGGAAAUGCCACCGGAGUUCCUUCAAAGCGAAUCCACGAACACACGCUUCCUUGCCCCGAUACUUCGUGUGCACUACCGUGCCCUUGCGUUGGAAGUGCAUUUUCGCAGCUGGAAUGGCAACGACACCCAGCGGCAGCUUACACCCUGGCAGGGCGAACUCAUCGACGACGCGCUGUGCCGCAAUGCCGACUGGAUGAUCGUGUCCUUUGCUGAUCUGCUCGCACCCGCCGUAAAGCGUCGAUCCGUUCACUAUAGCGUGCUGUUGAUGCUAGACUAUGAUGCACUUUGCAGCUGGUUGCAGCAUGGUUUGGACAGCGGAGCAUACCAUUUCGACGGGCUGUACACGAUCGUCAUCGAACAGCUUGCCGAUCGUGGGCAGCUUCGUGCCGUGAUGAGGGAGCUGUGGAACCGGCAGAUCAUCAACGUCGUCGUCGUGGUCGUCUUAGCGAGUGGGGAAGCAGAUAAUCGCGGUGAACUGGCGGCCUACUCGUACGAUCCGUAUGGGGAAGGACAGUGCGGCAACGCAGCACCGUACGAGAUCGGUCGGUAUGCGAACAACAACGGUACUUGGGAUCGUUUGGCGGGCUGGUUCCCGAACCGAAUGACGAACCUGCACGGAUGCUCCCUGACCGUUGGCACGGUGGAGGUGCGUCCGUUCUCCAUGAGUCGUACCGUGGGCAAUCGCACCGUGCAAUACGGGCUUGAGGUGCACAUCGUCGCCACGCUUGCCGCCCGGCUCAACUUCACCUUCCGGUACGUGCGGCCAACGGAUGGCGUAAAGUGGGGCAUACUGUACGCCGCGAACAGUACUGGGCUGGUCGGGUUGCUGCAGCGCCGGGGGGCGGACUUUGGCUUCGGCAGUCUCGGCUUUUCGCUCAACCGCCACACGUACCUGCGGAUGGGCGUACCGAACCACAUGACGCAGAUGAUCAUGGGCAUACCGCCGAAGCGUCCGUACACCUCGUUCGAGAAGCUGUUCCAACCGUUCGCGGCCGACGCGUGGCUUUGCAUUGCGCUCGGGUACGCAGCGUUCGCGCUGGUCGCGCUGGCGCUGGUCACGGUCAACCGUCGUCUCGCGCGCGAACCGGCGCUCCAGCAUCCGCUGUACCAGCUGUGGGUGCUGCUGAUGGGCGGUGCCGUCGGAUGGUUGCGGCUGGACAGUACGCGUCUGUUCCUCAUCGGUUUCAUCCUGAACGCGCUCGUCAUACGGACGCUCUUCCAGGCGGGCCUGUUCCAGCGGCUCCAGUCGUCCGCGUCGCUCGCGUCCGAUUUGAACACGCUCGAGGCGAUCAACCGGGCCGGCCUGUACUACAACAUGUUCCGUGCGUCGCUGCAAUUCUACAGAGACAAUCCCUCGAUACCCGCCAGUCGCAUCAAGCUGGUACCGAACGAUCAGCGGGAUUGGGAUGAUCUGUUUUACGAGCUGUCCCAGGAUCGGCUGGGCGGUGUCAUGGUCAGCCCGCUCGACUGCAUCGCCUACUACGUGAAGCGCCGCGGCAAGGACGGUGUGGUGUACGUGGGCAAGGACACCGGCUUCAUGUACAACCUGGGAUUCCACUAUCCCAAAUCGACCGCCCUGCAGCGACCGUUCGAUGGGUGGAUACUGCGCAUGCAUGCCGCCGGCCUGGUGCACCACUGGUCGGAGGAGUACCGCGACAAUCGCUACUGGACCAAUGCGAAGGAAGACCCGGAACCGGCCAGCCUGCGGUGGAACCAAAUUUCUGGCGGCUUCUAUCUGUGCAGUGCGUUGAUGCUGUUGGCGACGGUUGUGUUUCUGGGGGAGAUAGUAUACUUUCGCCUGCGCACUCGUCGGCUGCUCCAACGAUGCUGCGGAAUGAAGACACGAACGCGCCGCAAAAAAAGUGUCUAAGCCAAACAUAGUGCAUUCGCAAUCGUGUAGUAGUGAUAAGAUGUGUUUGGCACGCCGUAAUAGUUACACUGAGCUGCUUUACAAUGCCCCCUCCUGUCCCAUGGGUCAGUCAAUCGCAACUCACCGUAGUGUUUGCAGUAUGCCUUAUCUGCUCACCUUAUGCGCGUCACACACGCGGAAGCGUAGACAAAGAAUAGGUGCAAAAAAUAAAUACCGGAACACAGCAA